GUGGUAGAGAAAAGAGGUAGUGAGUGCGGCACUGUGAGUGUGGCAGGCAGGCAGCUGCGCUCCUUCUUUCUCUCCUGGCCGGCCGCCGCCGGGGAUGCUCUGAGAGGGCUGUGCUGCAGCCUCGGGGAGGGCCUUCUCCAAGGGAGGCCGGUGGUCCUGGCUUCCCGGGGCUACCUGGGACAGCAGCAGGAGGCAUGCCGGGAAAACCCAAGCACCUGGGCGUCCCCAAUGGCCGAAUGGGCCUGGCUGCGUCAGAUGGGGAGUUAAACAGCUCUGGGGUCCGGGGCAGUAAUGACAGUGUGGUCAGUCUGCCAAAUACCCAGAGUAUUUCUCACUCCUUGGGGCACUCCGUAGCCCGCUGGGCUGAGUCCUUUGAGACACUGCUGCAGGACCGACUUGGUGUUGCCUAUUUCACUGAGUUUCUGAAGAAGGAGUUUAGUGCUGAGAAUGUGUAUUUCUGGCAAGCCUGUGAACGGUUCCAGCAGAUCCCAGCCAGCUGUACGGAACAGCUGUCCCAGGAGGCGAGGAAAAUCUACAAUGAGUUCUUGUCAAGUCAUUCCGUGAACCCAGUCAACAUUGACAGACAGGCUUGGAUCGGUGAGGAGAUGUUGGCUACUCCCACCCCAGAUAUGUUUAAUGUCCAGCAACUCCAGAUCUUCAACCUGAUGAAAUUUGACAGCUAUGCCCGCUUUGUCAAGUCUCCACAGUACCAGGCAUGUGCAAAGGCUGAAAGCCAAGGGCAGCCCUUGCCGGAACUGAGGCCUCAUUCCCAAUGUGGCAGCCCCCCAGCUGACCUUGGCAAGAAAACAAAACUAAAACCAGGGAAGUCCCUGCCACUGGGUGUGGAGGCAGUGAGCAAUGUGCCCAGCAGGAGUCCUCGGAGAUCCUUCCGGAAAGGGGAACAUUCCCGGCGAGAGGAGAGAAAUGGCAGUGAAGGACCAUCCCACUGGCGUGAAUCCCAAGGCUCUCUGAAUUCCUCAGCUAGCUUGGAUCUGGGCUUCCUGUCUUCCUAUGCAACCAGCGGUUCCCAGUCGGAGAAUCACCGUAAAAGCCUGACAGGCCCAGAAUCUGAAAAUCAAAACCAGCCCAUCAAGUACUGUUGUGUUUAUCUGCCUGACGGGACUGCUUCAUUAGCUCCAGUGCGGUCUGGUCUCUCCAUCCAGGAUAUGCUGUCUGGAAUAUGUCAGCGCCGUGGCCUCCAUCUACCGGAUGUCAAGAUUUACCUUGUGGGGAAUGAAAAGAAGCCAUUGGCACUGAACCAGGAAAGCUUAGUCCUGGUGGACCAGGAAGUUAAACUGGAGACCAGGAUCAGCUUUGAGCUGGAACUCAUUCCUAUCAAUAAGAAAGUGCGCAUUCUGGCAAAAUCUACUAAAAACCUUCAGGAGGCAUUGCAGCCCAUCCUGGAGAAGUACGGCCUGGAUGUUAGACGGGUGCUGCUUCGACGGCCAGGUGAACCCCAUGCUCUGAAUAUGGAAGAGAAGGUGAGCGCCGUCUCUGCUCAGAGGCUCGUGCUGGAGUCUGAUGAAGAAGUGAAACCUGUUGGUGUUGGAAAUGCUUCAGCAAACCUUUCUUGUGAGCAGAGCGAGGAUGACAGCUGUGCAGAGAUGGAAUCUGAGUCUGAACCACUCCCAGAGAUGUCUACUUCCUUUGCCAGACCUGCCAGGUCUAACCAGAAUCGCCGCACAUAUGACUUGGAAGGGCUAGUGGAUCUGCUGAACCGGGUCCAGAGUACCAGAGUUGAUGACCAACGUGGACUACUGUCCAAAGAAGAUCUAGUACUGCCAGACUUUCUCCAAAAGCCUGAACAAGACUCCUGCAAAAAACAUUCUUUACCCAGCCCUGCUCCUGACAAGAAACACACACCAGAGGCCACCACUUGCCAGGCCCAGGAGCAGCUCCCACAACCCCAGGCUGCUCCCCCACCAAAGCUGCAAACACGAAGUCUAUCAACGUCAAGUGCUUAUGGGAAACCUUCAGCUAUAUGAUCUACUCUGUGGACACAACCCCAACCUAGCCUCCUCUAAAGACAGGGCUUGGAAAAGACACUUUGUUGACUACAACUUCCAGUCUCAUCUACCCCCAGGAAAGGGAGAUUCUUGGGGCCCUUCCACACAGCCAUAUAAUAUCAAGGUAGAAUAACUCACAAUAUCUGCUUUGAAUUGGAAUAUCUGAGUCCACACUGCCACAUAUCCCAGUUCAAAGCAGAUGUGGGAUUUUAUUCAGCUGUGUGGAAGGGGCCUUGGAGUUAUAGUCAGAGAAGUGACAUUUCCAAUCUUUGCACAACAAUCCUGCCCAACGUUAUCUCUUGUUCCUUGCAAGAAGGCCAGGUCCUUCCUGUUCAGUAUCUGUUGUGAUAUCAUGGUCUGCCCCACACGCCAUAUUCCUUAUGCUGUAGGAAUAUGGAUGAGGCUCAGCAAGGACUUAUGUCCACCUCUGAGGAGGUCCCUUCACCUACCCAAUUCUGUCUUCCAGGAGUAGAAAUUUGAACUCCUAGGUGUUUUGAUGAACUCUCUCCGUUUCUUGGAACUGCCCAUGCUGGCUGGGCAGAAAACCACCCGUGUUGCACACUUGCUCUACCACACUACUGUAUAUGGUGUUGCUCUUGUGUUGUAAAACAACUGCCAACAGGUGACCACGUCUUGUGGCUGCAGUGAUGACCAUGCCUGUACAUAGUUUGUAAUUUUUAGUCUUUGUGUGUAAAAUAUACUGCUGAACACGC